GACGGGAACAUCAAUCAAAACCUGUCCGCCGCACAGCUCAGGAGUAGCAUAUACCCUCUUUCUUUCCCCAAAGGCUUGGUUUGCUACGAAGACCGCCUAACUAUCAUAAGUCAUGCACUUUCAGAGGGAAACUUACACAAACGUCAUAUGUCUUUCUCUACUACUCGCGACUUCACUCUACUUCAAUGUCAUGCUCAUAAACACUGCCAGACAUGUGAGGGAGGCAUUGCAACUGCAUAGGUCAACCGCCUCGCCUUUACAUUUGAGGCCAAUCGAACCUUAUUCAUUCGUCGGCAACGACUUCCCGGAACUGCUCUCUAUAGAGAGUCGAUUAGUUAGGAUGUCCGUAGAGGAAAGUGUCCACUACUCCUUGGCAGACCCUGAGGCCAGCGACGAAUGGUUAUGGACAGCUCCUCUAGGGGACAAUCACAUUCGCCUCGGGCCUGACAUGCGCAUGUUCGCUAUUCCAAUGUUCCAUCAGCUACACUGUCUGCGAGGAAUACGUGAAGCAAUGGAGAAUGGGCUCAGCAGUCUCCAUCACGCACAGCAGGAACACAUCCACCACUGCUUCAACUACAUCCGACAAUGGACACUUUGCUCAGCAGACGUGACACUCGAGCCAGGCGAUUUUAUGAGUCGAAAUUUCACGACGGAACGUGUUGGAGCUACGCAUACCUGUCGUGAUUGGGAGCCAGCAUAUACUGUGGUGAACGACAGAUGGUUCGAGUGGAAAAAAUUCAAGCAGGAGCACGAUGCGUUACAAAAACGUACAGAAGAAGUAACCGACAUUUGAAAUUAUUUUCCAACGAGGAAGGCGCUAAGUGUUUGGCAGUUGGUGAAUGGGUAACAGGAACAACUUGAAGCGGAGGAGCCUCAAUACAAUCGUGUAUAGUUUACCACGGCCAUUUGAAGGUAUGCCUCUGGGAAACUGGGCAGCGUCGUUGGGAGGCUAGAGUUCUAUGCCUAACGGUUUAUGGGACAACUAGAGAACGAUGUCUGUCUUGAGUAAACGCCACGGUAAUUGUGGCGGAUAGGCGAAUAGUGUUCAUGAUGGUUCAGAUGGUGUCGAGUUGAUACAUAGCAAGUAGACCAUAUGAUAGCUCCAAAAGCCUAAAUGUGACUUGUCUUAAUAUCCGUGCUAUGAAAAGGUGUGAACACGUGCUAUCUGUGCU